AUGCUAUCUAACUAUUUAGACGAAGAAUGCAACAAAGCAGAUGAAGAAUACGUCGGCAUAGACCUUUCUUCAAUCACAACUUUCGAAAUGGCUUACAAACAUUUCAACAAUUUGUGGAAGACUCUCCAGGACAAGCUUGCGUAUUUGCUGGAUGUAGAAACCCUCACGGAUGAACCUGGCAUCUUUCCAGACAGGCCUAAGGCCGUGCGUCAUGUGUCGAAGCUUUAUCUUAGGUAUAUUCAGGUUGCAAACGGGCUGAUCAAAUGCUACGAGUACAUUGCGCAUCCCCAGAAGAGACGACUGUUGAGGAGACUGUGUGAUUCCUGCAUCGGUCGAACUUUGGAACUGAAGCACGAACUGGUGUCGUUGGAGAAUUCGGAGUUCCAUUUCCUCGACCCAAUAUUGCUGGACCUGAGGCUGCUUCCGUCAGAUAUGGACAUAAAAAUUCCGGAGUACAUGCGGCAUUCGCGAACAGACCUCCAAGAAGUCGCCGAACAUUAUUUGGGUAUCUCGAGGAAACUCGAGAAUAGGAAGAUAGCAGUUUCAAGGGAGGAGAAAUUCGUGAGGAUGGCCGCGGUCAUGAUACGCAUGAUACAAUCGCAUGAAAGGGCUCGACAAGGAAGAGAACAAUUUAGAAUUAUGCAGGGAAAAAGCGUCGUCAAAGAGCUCGUCAAGAAACGAGAAGCGGCAAAAGAAAGGGAAGCGAAAAUGCCUCGUAAAGAAGCUGCCUGUGUGAUCCAGAGAGCGUGGAGAAGAUAUCUGUACAGGAAGAAAAGGAACAAUGAAUUUCUACACCAAAUGAAGUUCUUGGGAAUGGUCCCAGUUGCUGAUAAGUGUAACAUCCGGAAAGCAAUAGAAAAAGAUCGCUCGCGCAUCAUUAAGAGGAAUGAGGAAGAGUAUCUGGAAGCGAGAGAAAACCUUAAGAAGGAACUGAUGAUUUAUAAGGCUGUGGAGAUGGCAGAGGAGCUCGAAGAUAAGAUAAGAUCAUAUUUUUACGAAUACAAAGAGACUUGGGGUGACUUUCCUGAGCUGCCAUUAGAGGAGGAAGGGGGCUCUAUGAAGAUGUUUGAAGAUCAAAUGGAUACGAGUUCCGUCGGGACACCGACAGAAGUUUCCAAAGACUCCGCUAGUUCAAAAUCUACGAAGGAUAACAAAAGUGAGAAAAGCAGCAAGGAUGAUAAGAGUGGGAAAAGUACGAAAAGUAGCAAGAGCGACAAAAGUGAAACAGAGAAAGAAACUUCUGGAUGUGUUUUAACAGCAUCACAGUAUUUGGCAGAUUUGAGAGAAUUUGAAAAAGAAUAUUGCAAGGUUUGGAAGCAUAAAAAAGUAACCGAUUUCGACCGAUACGAUGCAAAAAUGUUAGAGGAAGAAGUUCUGAGAGAGGUGGAGUUAGAAGUGCGGCUGCAGGUAGAUGAAAAAAUGCGAGAAGAAUUGACGAAGUUGCAGGAGGCACUGCGGAAAGACUCACCGAAGAAGAAAUCUUCUAAAAAGAAAGGCAAAAAAGAAAAAAAGGCAAAGAAAGGAAAAAAGGAAAUUGAUCUGACACCUAACAGAUCGCCGGAGUCUCUCAUAGAAGAACUAGUUAAGGAAGGCAUCAUUGUAGACUAUCCGAAGUAUUUGCUGUCGGAGUUUUGGGGAGAUUAUAAUUUUUCUGGACAUCUUCAACACAUGUCGGGUGAUUUGGAGAAUGAUCCGACGCCUUGCUUAUUGGACAUUCGCCGGGUGGUGAAUGAAUAUUGCAUUCUUCCGAUGGACUCUGCCAAUAUCCACUCAAAAGGAGCUUACGUCAAGUCAAUUCUAUUUGCCGGACCUCAUGGCGUCGGUAAGAAGUCUUUGGUCAAUGCAAUCUGCACCGAGAUCGGUGCUACUAUGAUGAAUCUGUCCGCGGAGAACAUUGAAGGCAAAUAUCCUGGCGACGAAGGAAGAGAUAUGCUGCUGCAUUUGGUCGCCAAAGUCGGCAGAUUCGUUCAGCCGACCGUCAUCUUCAUCAAGGACGCGGAGAACUACUUCUACAAGAAAAAACCAGCCACAUGCACCUUGGCGGAACCCGGUCGCUUGAAGAAAGCCAUGCCGAAGUUCUUGAAAAACAUGAAACACGAAGAUAGGAUUCUCAUAUGUGGUACCACGGUCCUUCCCUUCGACGCGGAGCCCAAGGCCUUCGGCAUGUGCUACGCAAAGGUCCUCACCAUUCUCAAACCUGAUUAUAACUGCAGGAGGGAACUGUGGCGGCAGAACAUUCUCAAGCACAAGGGCGUCAUCACCAGGGAGCUGGACACGACCGUACUGUGCAGCAUGUCCGAUGGGUUCGCUGCAGGACCUAUAGAACGAGUGACAGCGGAGGUGCUGACUGAGCGUCGUUUGGCUCUACAGCGGAGGAUUCCUCUCUCUGCUGCAGAUUUCAUUCAGUCCCUAGCUGGUCAGGUGCCGAUUUACGACGAAGAGGUACAGGAGUAUAGGACGUGGUUGGAGAAGAUGCCGCUGAGGAAGAAACGCGCCGCAUUGCUGCUGCAAGAGAAGGAGGACGCAGGGGAGCCUGAAGAAGAAUCCUCCGAAGAGGAAGAUUGAUUCCUCCUACGAUACUUAA